AUGUCCGCGAACGACCCUGGAACGAAGAGCGUGCCUCUCCAAAUUACGGAAGAUGAAGCUGCUGUGUAUGACAGACAGAUCCGCCUAUGGGGUCUAGAGGCGCAACAGAGGAUGCGCAACGCCACCAUUCUGGUGGUCAACCUCAAGGGCGUCGCGACGGAGGCGGUCAAGAAUAUCGUCCUCGCGGGUAUAGGCAAGCUCGUCGUCGCCGACGGGGACCGUGUCGCGCAGGAGGACCUCGGCGCGGGGUUCUUCUUCCGGGACGACGAUGUCGGGAAGAACAAAGCAGAGGCGGCCAAAUCGCGUGUGGAGUCGCUCAAUCCGCUUGUGACUGUCGAAGCCCUGCCAGCCGCCGUCAAAUUGGAGGGACACACCCUCGAUUCGCUGGUCAAAGACGUGGACAUGGUUUGCGUCACAGACCUGGACCGCGAGAGCGUGAUUCGCGUGAACGAUGCGUGUCGGCGGGCCGGUAAACCUUUCUACGCAGGGGGCACAUUCGGCCUUCUUGGAUAUAUUUUCUGUGACCUUCUGACACACGACUAUAUUGCCCCUGAUCGAUCUGCUCCGAAGGACGCAGCAAAGAAUAUAAAAAAUACGACAACGUACUGCCCGCUGAAGACUGCGUUAGAACACCGCUGGAGGGGCUUAACGCGAAGACAGACGAAAGAACUCAAUCCUGCAGCGGUUUUCUCAGUCCUUGCCGUUUGGGAGUAUCAAUCAACUCAUGAUACUCUGCCUGACGACCCCGGUGUAGCACAUGAGCUAGAAAGUAUUGCAAAUUCGUUGAUUGCAAAAGCAGAAGUGAACAGGCAAACCAUCCCAAGAAUCCCGCCAGAUCUGAUUCAGAUUGCAGCAACGACGGCGGCACACGAACUGUCCCCCGUGUGCGCUGUAGUUGGUGGGGUGCUAGCACAAGAUAUCCUAAAAGCACUCGCCGCCCGGGAAUCACCGAUUGUCAAUUUCUUUGUGUUUGACGGUCAGACCGGCGGAGGAACGGUCACUCGCAUGAAUGUGUCGUAG